AUGGUCGCUCAAGUUCAAAAACCUGCUCCACUUUUCAAGAAGACCGCUGUCGUCGAUGGUAUCUUUGAAGAAGUUUCUUUAGAAUCUUACAGAGGUAAGUAUGUUGUGCUUGCUUUCGUUCCUAUGGCAUUCACUUUCGUCUGUCCUACUGAAAUUGUAGCAUUUUCUGAUGCUGUCGACAGAUUCAGAGACGUCGGUGCUGAAGUUUUGUUUGCUUCUACUGAUUCUGAAUAUUCAUUAUUAGCUUGGACUAAUGUAGCAAGAAAGGACGGUGGUUUAGGUCCUGUUAAUAUCCCAUUAGUCUCUGACAACAACCACUCUCUUUCCAGAGAUUAUGGUGUUUUAUUGGAAGAAGAAGGUGUAGCAUUAAGAGGUUUAUUCGUCAUUGAUCCAAAGGGUAUCGUCAGACAUAUUACUAUCAAUGACUUGCCAGUUGGUAGAAACGUUGAAGAAGCUUUAAGAGUUGUUGAAGGUUUCCAAUGGACCGACAAGCACGGUACCGUUUUACCAUGUAACUGGACCCCUGGUUCUGCCACCAUCAAACCUGAUGUUGAAGGUUCCAAAGCAUACUUUCAAGAAGCCAACCAAUAA